AUAAGAGUUAGAAAUCCAUUUUUACCGCUCAAGCUCCAGUCUGGCCCUCUCCUCCUCCAGCCGAGCCUGGAUCUCCAUAUUAAGGGCAACUUCCAGCUGCUGCUGUGUCAGCUCCAGCUCCCUGAUCCUCUUCUUCUGUUGUUCAGCCUCCUUUUCCUUCACCUGCAUCUCAGCCUGGUGCGAGCGGAGACUAUGCAGAAGGCCUCAGAACUGGUUCCCAGUGGGAUGCUGUCAGUCAUUGGUAGACCUCAGGAUCAGUAUAAUUAUGCCUGUCUGCAGGCAAAAGAGCACUGCAAGAGUCUGGGGAUGGAGAAUCCUGUGUGCUCUGUGGCCAACUACCUGUUUCCAGAUGGCAGGGUUAUUGCAGGGCACCAGCAGGCUCUGGAUUUCCUCCAGGAAAACUCUCGGCGCCUAAAGUUCAUGCGGACCAAAACUCUCCCAGUCAGUGGUGCGUUCCAUACUGAGCUGAUGGCAUCGGCUACUGAACCCCUCAGAGAGGUGCUCCGGCAGGUGGAGAGUGAGGGAAAGUCUUCCCUUCACCAUGAACUCAAACUGAAGAGACGGAUCCAGCGGGAAAACAGUCAGCGGGAACGCAGCGGGAGCGCCCGCAGCAGCUGCAGCAGCAGGGGCAGCCAAUCUGAUGACUUGACUAUCCAUGAGAUGGAGAAAACAGAAAAAGAGAAAGACAAACAGGACUUAGAGAUUGAAAACAUUAUCAAGGUAAGUGAGGGCUAUAAGAAUCUUUUUUUGUAA